AUGAAUAUAGAUCCAUGUAUUAAGGAAAAAGAAAAUGAAGAAACUAAUAAUAUAUUAUGUGAAGAAACGGAAACACUUGUUGAUUCAGGAAUAUAUGAUAAAGCUUUAAAAGAUGGCUUAAAAAAAAGAAGUUCCAGUCUAAAAAGAGAUAUAAAACAUGAUUUGGCAUUUCACAAAUCUUUAGCUGUAGUAAAUAUAGCUGCAGGUUUAGAUGGAUGUGAUGAUCAAUUAUUACCUGCAAGUUUCAGAGCUUUAGAAGCAGAUUUAGAUUUGCAUCCUUCAUUAUUGGGAUAUAUUACAUUAGUUCAAACAUUAAUGCUAAGUUUAUUUAGUCCUAUUUGGGGAUUUUUAUCGGAUAAAUACUCAAGAAAAUGGAUGUUAGUAUUUGGUACAGCUUUAUGGGGAAUAGCAACAAUACUUCUAGCAAAUAUAAACGAUUUUGCUCAUAUACUAUUUUUUAGAGCAAUAAAUGGUUUAGCAUUGGGAAGUAUUGGUCCUAUAUCUCAAAGUAUUUUAGCAGAUGCAGCAAAAAAUGAAUCUUUAGGGUUAUCAUUUGGUCUAGUUCAAUUAUCAUCUAGUACAGGUAGAUUAAUUGGUGGAGUUAUAACAACAACAGUAGCAUUAAAAUAUUUUGGAGGAAUCAGAGGUUGGAGGUUAUGUUUUAUCGUUGUAGGAAUAUUAAGUAUUCUUUUAAGUAUAACGGUAGCACUAUUUGUUGAUGACGCACCUAGGCAGAUUAGAAAAAAGGAAAAAGUGGAAUAUAUAAAUGAUGAUAUAGAUGCAGGAACAGGUGGUAUAAGAAUAAUCAAUAACAAUAGUCAUUCUUAUAUAUUGUAUAAAAAUAUUGUUGAUAUACUGAAGGAUAGUUUAUCGAAAAAAAGUAUAAUUAUUAUACUUUUAGAAGGUUUUACAGGCACUAUACCAUGGUUAGCAUUAAGUUUUAAUACUAUGUUUUUUCAAUACUGUGGAUUAACCGAUUUACAAGCAGCUGUGAUAACAGGUUUCUUAUUAGUUGGAGCUGCAUUAGGAGGAGUAAUUGGUGGACUUUUUGGGGAUGUAAUGCAUGAUAUAUCUAAUGAUCAUGGAAGACCAUUUCUUGGACAAUUAGCAAUGUUUGGUAGAGUACCAUUAGUUAUAUUAACAUAUAUUGUAAUACCAAAAAGACAAGAAAGUUUUGAAUUAUUUGCUUUAUCUUGUUUCUGUCUUGGAAUGUCUUCUAUCGCUGGAGUAGCCGUUAAUAGACCUAUUGUAUCUGAUAUCAUUAGACCAGAUUAUAGAGGAACUGUUUUUUCAUUAACUAUUGCUAUUGAAGGAGUUGGAUCAUCUUUAAUUGGUGCUCCCUUAUUUGGUUAUUUAGCUGAAAAUGUAUUUAAUUAUCAAAAUAACAAUUUACUAAUUUCUGAUAUGUCUGAAGAUUUAAGAAAGAAUAAUGCUGAAGCUCUUUCAAAAACUUUAUUAUACUUAACUUUAAUACCAUGGAUAUUGUCUUUUGUAUUUUACAGUUUAUUACAUUUCACAUAUGGUAAAGAAUAUAGAAAAAUGAAUAAGAUAAUUGAGAAUGAAUAUAAAUAUGAUGAUGAGGAUGAAGAAACAGUUGCUGAAAAAUUGGAAAAAUAA